AUGGGAGAGAACUUUGAGGCACGUCGCAUUCGCGUAGGCAUCUUGGGCGCCGGUAUUGCCGGCUGCUGCCUAGCUGUCGGUCUUCUCCAAAAUCCACUCUUUGACGUUCAGCUGUUUGAGAGAUAUUCAGACAUCCGUGUCCGCGGGUCCGGUCUUGCGCCACAUGGAAACGCCAUCAGGGCCAUGGAUUUGAUCUCGCCCAAGAUCAAGCGGGCGUACUUCAAGAAAUCGCACUUCAUGGCCGGUGACGAGGACACGGAAAUGGCAACACAGUUCAAAUUGGCCAGUGGUGAAUACGCUGGAGUUGUCUUUGCUGAGUUGGGAAGGGCCAAGGGCAGGCGGACCGUUCACCGCGCGCACUUCAUACAAGGACUACUUGAAGAAGACGUGGUUCCGCAUCAGCGCGUUCACUUCAGCAAGCGAGUCGCUAAGAUGAAGGAAGACCCUUUUACACGAAAAAUCACCGUUGGAUUCGAAGAUGGCACUCAAGAUGUGUUUGAUAUUGUUUUCGGUGCAGAAGGUGUCAACAGCCCGACGAGGAAGUUUGUUCUGGGGCCUGGUCACCCAAGCGCAGCUCCAGUCAAUCACGACCAAUGGCGCCAGUUCCACACCACCGUCCCCAUGUCCGAAGCCAAAAUGGUCGUCCCUGUAGAGUCAGUCGACACAGUCAUUACGUACUCCAUGGUCGGUGAUGCCGCCCACGGGACACUUCCUCACUCUGGCAACGGCGCUGCCCAAGCGAUCGAGGAUUGCUCGGUGCUCACCGGUAUCUUCUUGCGCUUGACAUCCCUGGACGAGGUUGAAGCCGCUUUCAAAGCUUAUGAUCAAGUGCGGAUUCCUAGGAGUCAAAAAAUUGUAGAGAUUACGCGAAGUUUCGGGCGACUUUACAGCCGCGAUCCUCAAGAAAUUGUUUUGGAUGAGAUGAAGGCCGAGAUGAGGGAAGGUGGGAUGUACAUCAACGGUGUGGAUAUGGAGGCUCAAGUAGAGAGUGCUGUCGAUGCUUUUGAGAGAUUCAAAGGGAUUCAAAUUGAUGUUUGA